AUCUGGAGGAAAUGAUGCUUCUGUGGGAAAUACCUAAAAGCAGAGACUGACUGCUGAGAUCUCACUUUCCUGCUAACAUUUUGAGAAUCAGCAGGAGGCCUACAUAGAUUCAACGAACCCUUCUCUACAGUCCAAGGACAAAGAAUCAUCCUGCCCCAUCCCCCCUGAGUUAAGCCCCAGAAGAGACAAUGAGGCUUCUGCUUCUCUGGGGUUGGAUCAUCAUUCCAGGUUAUGAAGCCAUGGUGGGUCCAGAGGAAGUCAGGGGACCAGAAGGAAGCUCUCUGUCCGUGCAGUGCUCUUAUGAGGAUAAGCAUAAAGAAAGGAGAAAAUACUGGUGCAAAGACAAACAAAUAGUUUUUGGCCUCUGUUCCACUGUCAUCAGCACUGAGGCAGGGAGAGAAAUGACAGAAGGCAAUUUGUCUAUCAAGGACAAUCCCCAGGAUCGAACAUUCACUGUGAUCAUGAGGAACAUCACUCUGAAUGAUGCUGGGAAAUAUCAGUGCGGGAUUUCCUUACUUGGACCUGAUGAGGUUUUCAAAGUGACUGUGGUUGUUUUUCCAGGGCUCAGGAGUUCUGUCUCCCCAAACCCCUCCCUUCAGCCUCUCUCUACAAGGAGUGUCCAGCAGAAGGCAAAAGUUUGGAAAACUCAGUCUCCAGAAUUGAGUUAUGAAGCCAUGGUGGGUCCAGAGGAAGUCAGGGGACCAGAGGGAAGCUCUCUGUCCGUGCAGUGCUCUUAUGAGGAUAAGCAUAAAGAAAGGAGAAAAUACUGGUGCAAAGACAAACAAAUAGUUUUUGGCCUCUGUUCCACUGUCAUCAGCACUGAGGCAGGGAGAGAAAUGACAGAAGGCAAUUUGUCUAUCAAGGACAAUCCCCAGGAUCGAACAUUCACUGUGAUCAUGAGGAACAUCACUCUGAAUGAUGCUGGGAAAUAUCAGUGCGGGAUUUCCUUACUUGGACCUGAUGAGGUUUUCAAAGUGACUGUGGUUGUUUUUCCAGGGCUCAGGAGUUCUGUCUCCCCAAACCCCUCCCUUCAGCCUCUCUCUACAAGGAGUGUCCAGCAGAAGGCAAAAGUUUGGAAAACUCAGUCUCCAGAGUUGACAUCUUCUAGUUACCAUCCAAGAGUAAAUACCCCCACCCAGGAAAAGAUAAAGCCAACAACAUUCACAAAUCUGGUGACCAGGGCAACAAUCUUUCAAAGGGGACAAAAGACAAGAGGGUCCAAGAGCCAAGAGGAGCCAAGAGACAAGAGGGGCCAAGAGAACUUCCAGACAAGAACCCAACAAGAUGUGGCCCAGCCAGUCACUUCCCACCAUAGUCUCAGGGAGAUAAACCCAAGGUCCAGGCCUUCCAUCCCAUUGAUCCGAAUUCUGGCUCCAUGCAUAAUCCUUCUGUUGCUAUUGGUGGUGGCUACAGCAACCCUCCUGAUCCUGUUAUCGAGAAGAAAAAAAGCUCAACUGAAAAUGGGGGAGAAUGGGCAGUUUCACUACUCAAACUCAGUAAAGGAAUCACAAGACUGAUGCCUGAUCCAAGAGCGUUCUCACAUUGAAGGGUUCCAUGUGUGUCUCACACACAUGACCCUAAAGUUAGAUGCCUAGGUUCUGUCCUUGGCUCCAUUGCUUCCUAACUCCAGGACCUGGACACUUGCUGCUGUCUUGGGCUUCAUGAGUAUCUCACGAAAAAGGCCAGCUUUGGAGUCAGUAGAGACCUGGACAGAGUUCCACCUCCACCUCUUACUAGCUGUGUGACCAUGGAUAAAUCAAUUAACCUCUCUGAGUUUUAGUUUCUUCAUCUGUAAAACAGGCACCAUUAUACCUAGAGUACCUACCUCACAGGGUUGUUGUGAGGCUCAAUGAUACUGUGUAUAUAAAAUGCC